AAGAGUGUGUGUGAGUGUGUUUGAGACUGCGGAAGAAUUUUAUUUUAGACAAAAUGAAUAUUCACAUGAAUGCUAAUCAUUUAAAAUAUAUUAGUUUAAUUACAUUAACUUUACAAAAUGCUAUUUUGGGUUUAUCCAUGCGUUAUGCCCGCACCAGACCGGGUGAUAUUUUUCUAAGUUCAACGGCCGUUCUCAUGUCCGAAGUGGUUAAACUUAUCACCUGUCUCUUUCUCGUUUUCAAUGAAGAGGGUAAAGAUGUACAAAAAUUCCUUAAAUCUCUACACAAAACUAUUAUUGCCAAUCCCAUGGAUACACUUAAAGUUUGUGUACCCUCUUUGGUGUAUAUUGUACAAAACAAUCUACUUUAUGUAUCGGCCUCACAUUUAGAUGCAGCCACCUAUCAAGUGACAUAUCAAUUGAAAAUUCUAACAACCGCCAUGUUUGCUGUAGUGAUCUUACGUAAAAAACUAUUAACCACACAAUGGGGAGCUUUGGUAUUACUGCUGGUUGGUGUUAUACUCGUACAAUUGGCACAAACGGUAACUGAAGGUGCAACAGCAGCAGCAGGAGCAGCAGCCUCUUCUACUAGCGGACCAGAACAGAAACCUUUAUUGGGUUUAUUAGCAGCUUUAGGUGCUUGUUUCCUAUCCGGUUUUGCUGGUAUUUACUUUGAAAAGAUUCUUAAGGGUGCCGAUAUCUCAGUGUGGAUGCGUAAUGUUCAAUUAUCUUUGUUGAGCAUACCAUUUGGUACCAUUACCUGUUUCGUUAGUGACUAUACUAAGAUAUUCGAUCAAGGUUUCUUUUUCGGUUAUGAUUUAUUCAUUUGGUACUUAAUAUUCCUACAAGCAGGCGGUGGUUUAAUUGUUGCUGUUGUAGUCAAAUAUGCCGAUAAUAUCUUAAAAGGUUUUGCCACCUCUUUGGCCAUUAUCAUCUCCUGUGUGGCUUCUAUUUAUAUAUUCAACUUUAAUUUAACUUUACAAUUUACUUUUGGUGCCGCAUUGGUCAUUGCUUCGAUAUUUUUAUACGGUUAUGAUCCUAAGAAGACCACUAACUCAGCAGGACCCAUUAAAAUUGUUACCAACUCUCAUCUACCUCAUCCAGAUGAGGAAAAACUUUUACCUUAAAUUCAUUACUCUAAUGUGUGUAAUAUGUAUGUGUUUCUAAUAUUUAAGCAAUUUUAUUUUUUCGUCUAGAUUUUACAGUAUUUAUGAAAAUAUAAGCCUUCAUCACACACUACAUAAUGUCUUAAGUAAAUUUAUAAAAAUGUAAUAAAUCUCAAAUUAUUUUAUGUGUACAAUUUGUGGAGAAAAAAAACGAAAAAACUUACAAUUUUUACUAUGUACAUACGGAUGUUGUGUAUUAAAAUGCCAAGUAAUAAAAAAAAUUUAAUUUUUAUUUAUUCAGAAAAAAA